AUGAUGCAAGGUUUAUUAGAAAAUAAACUAUAUGAAAAAGCAUUAGAUAUAUUUAAACAAAUGCCUUUUAAACCAAAUGAAAUUAUUCUUAUUAUUCUUUUUAAAAUUUGUAGUGAAUUUACAAAUGAACAAACAUUUCAAUUAGCUAAGAAUAUGUUUAAUGAAAUGCCAAAAAUAUUUUAUGAAAAAUUAUCUUUAAUUAAUUCAUAUAUACAUAUGUUAAUGAAAUUUGGUGAAAUAUCUGAUAGUGAAAAAUUAUUUUUUCUUAUUGAAAAUAAAGAUACAACUAGUUAUACAGUGAUGAUGAAUGGUUAUAAUAUGAAUAAUAAACCAGAAGAAUGUUUGAAAAUUUUUAAACAAAUGCAAGAAAAAAAUAUUGUUGCUGAUGAAAUAACAUAUAUAAUUAUUCUUAAUGCAUGUUCACAAAUAGGUUUAUUAUCAAUAUAUGAACCAAUUGUUAAUAAAAUUCCUUCGAAUUUAUUAAAACAUCAUCGUUUACAAGCAAUAUUGAUCGAUAUGUGGGGAAAAGUUGGUCAUGUUGAUAAAGCAUUAAAAAUAUUUGAACAUAUUGAAAAACCUGAUGUAAUGAUUUAUACAGCGAUGAUUAAUGCAUUUGGUCUUAAUGGAAAAGGUCAUGAAGCUAUUGAUUUGUAUCGACAAAUGCCUAUUGAUAUUCAAAAUGAAUUUACUCAUAUAUCUGUAUUAAAUGCAUGUUCUCAUUCAGGUCUUAUCAGUGAAGCUCAAUCGAUAUUUAAUAAUAUUCAAUUUAAAACAAAAAGAAUAACUACUGUUAUGGUAGAUUGUAUGAGUCGAAUGUUUAUGUUUGAUGAAGCUCAAAAAAUAAUUGAUGAUUUUGAAUUAUCUCAUCCACCUGGUUUUGUCAUGUAUAUGGCAUUAUUAUCUGCUGCACGUAAUCAUCGAAAUUCUAUUAUCUCAGAAAAAAUAUAUAAUCGAAUGAAAAAUUUAUUUCCACAAAAGAAACAAGGUCUUAUAGCUGCAUCUGUACUUCUUUCAAAUACUUAUUUAUCUAUUGGAGAAGAUGAAAAAGCAAAAGAAAUUCGAUUUAAACGAUUAAGUGAAAUAGGAAAGAAUAAAAUAGUUGGAAUAACAUGGACUGAAGUAAAUGGUGAAGUUGUACAAUUUAGAGCACAUGAUCAUAGUCAUCCUCGUUCAAAAGAAAUAUAUGCUGAAAUAACACGAAUAUCUACUGAACUUAAAGAAAAUGGACAUCAAUAUGAUUCUAAAUGGAUUACACGUGAAAUAAAUGAUAAUGAAAGUAUUGAAUCAGUUUUAUGUGGACAUAGUGAAAAAUUAGCUAUAGCUUAUAAUUUUAUACAACAGCCAAUACCAAAUAUUAUUCAUGCUACUAAAAAUCUUCGUAUAUGUGGUGAUUGUCAUUCUGCUAUAAAAUUAAUUGUUAAAAUUCGUCAACGUCCAAUUAUUAUUCGUGAUGCUAAUCGUUUUCAUCAUUUUGAUAUAAAUGGACAAUGUUCUUGUCAAGAUCAUUUUUAA